AUCCCGGGUUUUCGGCCACCCUCCCAAAAAAAGGCCCAAACCCGCCACAAGCCCUUCAGGGCCCAAAUCCAUGAGUGCUGUGUCUUUCUUGUAUUGUUUGACAAAGCUAAGGGUGCUCAGUCCGCGGACCGCGAAACAUGGCGAGCUCCGUUUUCGCCUUCAACCCCUUAACAGGGCGGAGAGCGCGCGAACCAGUAACCCCAAUCGCACCCAAGUCACGCUCAAGUUUGAAUUUCCGAAACUCACACUCUGUAAAGUUCAAAUGCGAGCACUCGUGCUUUGAAGUUAGCAAUGUUAGCUACCAACCGCCAGGGACCGAGCUUAGCCUUUUAAAUUCUGUUAGUUUUUCACUUCCGGAGAAAAGCUUUGGCUUAAUUUUUGGACGGAGUGGUAGUGGAAAGACUACUCUUGUGCAGCUUCUUGCAGGGAUAAGCAAACCGACUUCAGGUUCAAUUUACAUUCAAAAAUAUGGAAAUGAUGGCAAUCCAGUUCAGUCUCCUGAACCCUUAUCCUCAGGAAGAGUUGGCAUUGUAUUUCAGUUUCCAGAGAGGUAUUUUGUCGCGGAUAAUGUUCUUGACGAAGUUACAUUUGGGUGGCCAAGACAAAAGGGUGAUCUUCAAAUGAAGGAGCAUCUUGCUCUAAGACUCCAACGAGCAAUCAAUUGGGUUGGUUUAAGUGGGAUCUCAUUGGAUAGAGAUCCCCACUCCCUUAGUGGUGGCUACAAACGUCGGCUUGCCUUGGCAAUUCAAUUAGUGCAAGUCCCUGAUUUAUUGAUAUUGGAUGAACCUCUUGCUGGUCUUGAUUGGAAGGCACGUGCUGAUGUUGUGAAGCUUCUAAAGCAUCUAAAGAAAGAAUUGACUAUACUUGUUGUCAGCCAUGAUCUCAAAGAGUUAGCAGCUAUAGUUGAUCGAUCUUGGAGGAUGGAGAUGGGUGGGAUUCUUAGGGAAGAGCCUCUACCGAUUUGAUUUCAGCAAGAUGGUGCUGCCUCAACAUGGCAUGCUGUGAGAAUUUAUGCAUGCAAAGGACUUGUUGGGCAGAAUUCCAAAGGCAGAAUAGGGCAAGUAAAAAAUUACGAAGGUGCAAGCAAAUGCGGAAUUUGACAAGAAGUGGAACUGGUAUAGCAUCUUUGUUUGUUUCUGUUGUUUGUUUUUGUUUUGGUUUUGGUUUCCUUUUUGCAUGAAAUGAUGUUGAAGAGGAAGAGUGGUGAAGGAGCCACCCUCUACUCUAUAAUUGCGAUCAUGAUGAAUUAAUUAAUUAAUUGAGACAAGAUCUAUCAAAAUUCCGACCAGUAGGGAGCGCUCUCUCCUCAAAUCGGGUGCUUGGAUUGGGGGUAUCCUAAUUCUUUGCUAACCAACGAAGAGCUAGAAUAUGAAAGAGUUGCCACUUUUGGUCGUGGAAGAAUAAAGACAAAGAGAAGAGAAUCACUCACCACCCAUGACACCUUCCAUAUACCACCACAACAAACGCAAACUCAGUAAAAUUCUCGGCAGGAGGAUCCACCACAAGCAUCCAUGACCAUGUGAGUUGGAUUUCGUAUCCUGCAUUUUGUUUUCUUUUUUCUUUUGGGUCUGAUUCUCAUUGGGCAGUUGGAGUAUGUGUUCAUCUUCAUUAUUGUUUUUGUAUAGUAUGGAGUUAUUACAUGAUCACCCAAAUUAUUGUUGGUUCUUAUUUGUAUGGGGCUAUUUCAAAAUGAUAAGACCCCCAUCUUACAAGUGUAAAGUGUAUGGGUCUAAUUUCCCCUAUUUCUCCUUUAGCAGUUGAGCCAUCCAUCAUACAUACUUUAUUAGUAGAGAACCAAUUUGGUUUCUAGAUGCAUUAUCAUUGUGGAUAAAUAGUUCAUGGUUGUUGCAUUUCUUAAAUGCUUGGCAAUAUAUCACUUAGAUA